UAUAAGUUCAUGAUGUGCAUUCAUUACCAUAUACAUUAAGUUAGAACAUAAAAAUUAAGAGUAUUGUUGAGUGAAGCAAAUUUAGAAUACAGCUAAAAAAAAAAGAAGCAAAUUUAGAAUACAGAAAAUGUAUGUGACUAGGCCUCUUUCAUUUUACAAGAAGUCUGAAGAGGCUCUCUCAUUGCCUCCACCAGAAGGUCCUAAUUCUGGUAUUCUUGUAAUUCAAGAUACUGAUUUGGAACCAACCUCCUGUUUUGGUUUGGGACAGUACAAUGAAGUUAAGGGAUUGCCUUUUCCUCAAAACAUGAACCUUGAGUUGUUCUAUAGAUCAGGAAUUUCAUUGAACAGAACUACUCAUUACCAUAAUGUUGCUUUCAUUCCAGUUCUUAAUCAGCCAUUGUCUUCCAAUAAAUACUAUGUCAUACAUCUUCAUGGCAAGAAAAGAGGAGAAGCAUACAUUAACUCAAAGGAGGAAGACGUGGAGACGUUUUGUUUCUACAAUUCUGUCUCAGAAGUACCAUUACAUCCUCUAGAUAUCAAUGACACACAUCAAGAGUUUGAGAUUUAUCCUCGUCGAAGCAAAGUUACUUUAAGGAGCGGUUUCUCAGCUAAAUCUGUUGCUGAAGAUGGAUACCCUCCAAGGUUUUUAAGUAGAAGAUGGAAAGUGAGUGCUUCAACAUCAAAUGAUUCAUGUCUUGGAGAAGCAUUAGGUGUAGAUGAUUCCCUCCGUUCGAGCAAACCAGAAUUCAAAUUCUCUAUAACAAACCGAUGUUCAGAAAGUGUUGUUGUAGGAAAAUGGUAUAGUCCCUUUAUGUUUAUCAAGGAAGGAACUCAUAAAACAUUGAAAGAAGAAAUGAGAAAAUCAAUGUAUUAUGAGAUGACACUAGAGCAAAAAUGGGAACAGGUUUUUACAUGUGAGAAUGAUGGUAAGAUGGGAAACACCGUGAAUGUUGACGCUGUUGUUCAAAAAGAAAUGGUUGUAAUUGCUGGAUGGGAAGCUAUGGUAGAUCAUAAUAUGAUGGAUGUAGCAGAAAAUUUGAUGUGGUUUAAUAGUUUCAAUAAUGUUGGAGAAAAAAACAGUGUUGGAUUGAGUACUGCAAUAGUUGAGAGAAUGAAAUGGGAGCAAGAAAAGGUUGGAUGGAUUGGUGGAAAAGAAAAGGAAUUUAGAGUUAAGAAAGUGGAAGAAUUUGAAGGGAGUGUUAAUGGAUGGAAGAAAUUUGGAUGUUAUGUGUUGGUUGAGACUUUUGUAAUUAAGAGAUUAGAUGGAAGCAUAGUAAUGACUUAUGCAUUCAAACACUAUCAUGAAUUAAGGACAAAAUGGGAAUGAAUAUGUUUUGUACAUGAGAAAGAAAAGAAUGCAUAGGUUUGUAGUAAUCAUAUUCAAUUUUAUGUAUCUUCUUAAUUAAGAAGAAAUUUUUUCAUACAUUAAGUUUUACAGAAUUGGAGUGUAACCAUUUUGAUAUUGCAAAGAUUAUAAGAUAAAUUAUUGGGAA